AUGUCUAAUCACGGAAACACUACAGGAGUCAAUGAAGGACCCUCAUCCUUCGAGUCAGCCAGCACUGGAAGUUCUGUUGCCCACUCAACAUCUGAGACCCAUUCAAAGAACAACGCCAGCUCUUAUGAGACAUUCGCCGAUCUCCCUGUUCAUCGUCAAAUUGAUCUCGCUGACCGUUCUGGAUUUACCGUUAGACAAUUAACCAUUGCCAACAUACCAUCCUCCCCCAUCUCAAAAGCAGUUCCCUUUCUUUCUCACACUCACUCGGCAACACACAAUGUCCCUACUACUUCAACAUCAGUGGAUGAAGACUCAGUCGUUAGCACUGACUCGCCGUCCCACUCUCCCGCCUCCACACCCGAAAUUGAAGUUGAGGCUACAAGCGAUGAAAUCUUAACCGCAGCACCCUACAAUUCUGACUCCCAGGGCUCAUCAGAACACUUAGCUGACGGCAUUGAUUUCUUACAUGAAACUUUUGUUUCUUCGCCUGCUGAUGAUGAAAUUAUUUUUGUUGAUGAAUCGGCAAGCCCAUCAGGAGAUCCGUCUGCCGGGGCUGCCGACGAUGUCAUUGGCAUUGGCUGCAUCUACUCGAACUCUGAAGAACCAACUGUGAAAGCCCGCAUGGCGUCUGGGAGACUUGACACACUCAACGCUAUUAACAUUAAGCUUCCAAUUUUGAGAAAUGACAUCAAAGUGUCAGAAUCUAGCAAACCAGGUCUCUACUUUACGGCUCCUGAUGUGGAGAAUGUUAGAGCUCUUAUCAGCAACAGAGAUUGGGCCGAUCUUAAGGAUCGCCCUGCCUUCAUUCGAUUUCCGAAUGUGGGAGUGGCGCUGCUCGACCCUGGCAAGAAGCUAAAAAGGGACCCACGGUCACUUGAGGAAGCCAACAACAGAGAAGAUAAGCGCUUCUGGUUUGAUGCGGCCUAUUCGGAAUUUGCUGCCAUUGAUGGAAAUCAUGUCUACCAAGUUGUGCCCCUCCCGGCGGGUCGCAAAGCCCUUGGCACCAAAUGGGUGCUGAAGAAGAAACUCAACACGGAUGGUUCAAUUGACAAGUACAAGGCUCGUCUUGUUGUUCAGGGGUUUCGUCAGAAGUUUGGUGUUGACUAUGUUGACACCUUUGCGCCAGUGAUGAGAUUCAGCACUGUUCGUCUCAUUUUCGCCCUAAAAGAAGACAUCUAUGUCAAGCCACCAACAGGAAUUGACCAUAAUACCCCUCCUGGCAUGGUCUGGAAGCUGAAUAAAAGCUUAUAUGGACUGAAGCAAGCCCCUCUGUGUUGGAACAAGAAGCUUGUUGACAAGUUGGAAGCACUAGGUUACAAAGCUGCCAAGAAAGAACCCUGUCUCUUUUACAAGAUUAAUGGCAAAGACUUCAGUAUUAUAGGUCUUUAUGGCCUAUCUGGUUACUUUGCCAUCAAAGAUGAAGGUGGUGUUAACAAAUUCUUGGGAAUCAGAGUCCAAGACUCCGACAGGACAAUAUCUCUGGAUCUGGAACAUUAUAUUGCUGACAUGAUUGAGGUUUUCAAAUUGAGUAAUCAAACAGCUAAGUCGAUACCGUUGCCCAAGAAACAUGGCCUUGAUUUCCCACAGGGCCUCGAUGCUCGUCCAGCUAACCAAUCGCUGUAUCGCAGCAUUCUUGGCAAGCUACAGUUUGCUGCACAGACGGCCCGUCCGGACAUUGCCUACGCUACAGGCAAGCUUGCUCAGUAUGCGAGUGACCCUAGAGCUAUUCAUAUGGAUAGAGCAUAUCAUGUUCUGAGCUACCUCAAAGGCACCAAGGACCUGGCAAUUGUCUAUCACAAAAAUGUACCAGGGGCCUCUCCGCGGCUUCUGAGAGGCUGGUCAGAUGCCGAUUGGGCAAACGAUCCCGACAGGAAGUCUAUCUCAGGCUUUGCAUUCUCUCACGGUCCUUCAACCUUCUCUUGGAAGUCGGCCAAACAGAAGUUGACAGCAACUUCCACAACUGAGGCUGAGCUGAUUGCCGCUUUCUCUGCCACGUGUGAGGCAGUUUACUUCCGAGAUCUUUUGGAAGAACUUGGUGAAUCUCAACCAACGACUGUCAUCAUGGAGGACAACAAAGGUGUCCUGGAUCUCAUAAAGGACAGCAAACAUCACGAGCGGACUAAACAUAUUGAUACCAAGUACAUGCGCACCAGAGACCAUGUCAAAGCCGGCGAUACCCGUCUUGAAGCUGUUGCUUCAGCAGAUAAUGUGGCAGACAUUUUUACCAAAGCUCUGGCUAAGCCGCAGUUUUUAUAUUUGAGGAAUCUUCUGGGUAUGAGUACCCGUCCUCAAGUUGAGGGGGGAAAUGGACUUGAUGCAGUGCUCGUCUCGUCAAAUAAUACCUCCAUCGUUACGCCGCAGUCAUUUUCGAAGACUCGACGACGCAAAGAUCAAGAGAUUGAAUCUUGA